AUGGGGGGUGUGGACCUCAUGGAUAGAAUGAUUGCUCAUUACCCUCAUGGAUUCAAGAACAAAAAAUGGUACUUGAGGAUUUUUUUUCAUUUUUUGAAUAUUAGUAUAAUUAACUCAUGGAUAAUAUACAAAGAAAAUUGUCAAAAUAUACCACUUCUUCAGUUUAAAGCAUCAAUUGUUUGGACCAUGCUCCAAAUAGGAAAAUGUGAUACACCAAAAAGAGGCAGGCCUUCCUUACAAUCUGAUCCACCAAAAAAAAAAAAAAAAAUAACUAGGUAUAUUUGUAAAAAAUGUGAUACUCCAGUUUGUCCAGAGUGCAUGGAAGACUUCCAUAGAAAAUAA